AGGUUCUCAGACGAUCGCCGGCGUUGAUAGCGUUCGCAACGAAAUCGAAACGAAUCCCCUGACUACAAUAACUAACCCCAUAAAUUAAAACCCAACGCGAGUGUCUCAAUCUAAUAGUUCCACUUUCAAGCAGAGUUCAAAAUGCAAAACACGCGAAAUAAGCAGGGGAAAUAAACCAAACAAAAUACGAGUAAAACUAAACGACAGAGAUUAUAAACGCCCACGCAAAACACACAAAACUACAAGCACUCAAUUCUCGAAAGUUGGUAGAAAAUAAGAAAGAAAAGCAACCAUGGAACGCCGCCAAGCCCUAGACUCAUCGAUGUCUUCGCUCUACUCGGUCGCCUCCUCCUCGAACCCCAAUCCCCGCCAGCCGCAGAGCAUCCAGCUCCAGACGCAGCAGUCGCAGCAAUCUCAGCAGUCCCAGCUAGACGCCUUCAAUUAUUCAGCAACAAUGUCAUCAUCGUCGCCGACUCCAAGUCAGGCCAUGUCCACAGCCAUGUCCACGGGAACGGGUGCGGGAACGGGCAUUGGAUCGGGCACCACCCACUCCACACCAUCCACCUCCCUCAGAGCCACCACCAUCGGCACCGUUGUCGUCCGCUGCGGACCCAUCCAGCUGGUGAUAGCGCUCCUACAAAGUCCGGAGAAGAUCUACAUCAAAGUGGUGGAACUGGAGCCAAAGAUCACAGCUCUUGGCGAGAACCUGGAUGAAUCGGUGCGCAUGCAAAGGGAGCACGAUGAGACCCUCCGCAAUCUACAGAGCCUGCCAGGACCCAUGGAUGAGUUCGUCCAAAAGGCAGACAAGCUGCUGGCCAGCAAGCGGAUCAGCUCCGAACUGGUCAAUGCCAUGGCCGACACCUUGAACAUCAUCUGGCAGGACAUCCUAAACCUCCUACAGGACCGUCAACACCUGCUGAUCCUCUGCACACAGUUCCACGACAAGAUGACGCAGUGCUUCCGAAAAAUGGACCAACUGGAAUUGGCCUGCGAGGAGACCCUCCAUCCGCCGGAUGUGCCACGUGUCCAGGAGUUCCUCAACAGAUUCAAGCAACUGAGGAUAGACAUGCUCACCGGAGUGAUGGCCGCUCUGAAGGAUGGCAACGAACUGCUAGCCCAGCUGGAGGAGCUGGAGAAGCUGGAGACCCUGGACACAAGACCGGAGCACAUCAAACGAGAUGCCACGAGGGCGGUUCACCAGGUUCAGCAGUGGCUGGAGGCCCUGCACGAUCGGAGGAACUCCCUGGAACUGGCCUGGCAGACGAGGAAGACCCAGAUGGAACAGUGCCUGGCAUUGGCUUUGCUGGGUAGGGAACUGGUAGAUCUGGAGGCAGCUCUCCAACAGGCCAGGAUGGAGCUGAACACCAUGUACAGUUUGGGAGAGUGUGAGCACACGGCCAACGAAAUGCUCAUCAAGUACAGGGAGUGGAAGCAACAGGCUCUGAUCCUCCGGGAUCGAGCUCUCAAGAUCACUCGGGCCAAGGAGAAGGUGCAGUCCGCUGGUCACUUCACCGAGGACGAGGCAUGUGCUCGUGCCUAUGCGGUAUUAAGUGGCUGCACGGAGCACCUGGAUCUGGUUGAUCAGAGGGAGCACUGGCUCCAUCAAUCCCGGGAGUUCUUCGCCAAGGCCGAGCACACUUUAAGUGUCCUUGAAAAAUUGGAACUGGAGCUCACGAGCGUGAAACUGCCACCUCAUUCCCCGGAGAGCUAUGCCAUGUAUUCCAAGGUGGAUCGAGAUGUCCGCAGCUUCACCGAGGAACCUCUGCGCUUGGGUUACGGCAUCCUCGACGAAGUGGGCAGGACUCAGCCGGAGACUCUGGGAGUGAAGAGAGUUCUGGAUGAGCUGGAGAACCGGAAGGUUUAUAUCCAGGGGAUCUGCGCCAACAGCAGCGAGGAUCAGCAGAAGGUGCAGCGGGCCUUGAGUGAAUUCCUGACCCAUCACAACGAGCUUUUGGCCUGGCUAAGAGCCUCCGGCCAACUGCAACUGCAGCAGAUCGUUGACAUGGGCAGAAAUCUGCAGCAGGCCAAACAGUUCCUGUUACAGCACCAUGAACUCAUGCAGGAUUUGGAGAUAAAAGGCGAGCUGAUCAACCUGCUGCUGGAGUCCAUCAAGGUCCAUCUGGAGUCCCUGAGUCCCCAAGAGCGCUACGAUGUGGACUCAAAGGCGGAGUCGCUGCACAAGCACUGGAUCGAACUGAAGGACCUGGUUCUCAAGCGAGUGGAUUAUGUAUCCCUGCUGAUUGACUUCUUUGAGCUGGCCAACGAGUUUUCCAGCCAGCUGGACAACAUGCAGCGCCAACUGCAACAAACUCCCGACGAGCACAAGCUGCAAUUCCUCCAGGCCACUUGGACGGGCAUUGCGGCCACCUUCGGCGAACUGAAGUCCCGAGGACAGCGAUUCAUCAACUUGAAAAUUGUGGAUCCAUAUCUCGAGACCAAAUCCUCGGCACAGGCGGUGCAAGAGACGCUGAACGACUUCAGUAAGCGGCAGGUCGACGUGACGAGCAGUUUGGAGAAUUGGACAACGAGCAUUGCGGAGAAGCGAGAAGUCGAAUACCUACUCGAGAAAGUCAUGAGCGACAACGAGGAGACCGUGGCCAAGAGCACCCAGGUGGACACCCAGUUAUAUCCCGUAUUCACCUCCCAGAGCGUGGACUCCAAGCAGCUGCUGAUCAGCACCCGCGAGAAGCUGACCCACGUGACCCAGGACAUCGAGAGGGCCCAGGAUGAGAUCCAGCAGCGCAUCCAGACGACCCUCAGCAUCCAGACGAAGGAUCAGCCGUCGCUGGCCAAGAUCGAGCAGGUGAUCAACAACCUGCGCAUGCUGAAGGCCAAGCUGGAUGGCAUCAAGUACGACUACCGCACUCUGGUCGAGAGUGUGGUGCAGUUUCUGGAGAACAUAGUGCAGUUGCGCCGCGAGAUCGACGACUACUUCGCCAGGCAGCAGAAGGAACCCGCUUCCGGCGCAGAUCGCAGCAUCGCGGAGCACGAGAAAUUCCGCGAUCAGUGCAUGGAUAAAUUUAGAUCGCUAAUCACACAAUCCGAACUGCUGAUCGAUCGGGUGCGAGUACUGGAACCGCCGGGAGCCCGCGAAAUCGACACCGAUCGCAUUCUGAAGCUGCUCGAGAACCUGCGCCUGCACUUCGAGUCAAACAGCAGUGCCCGCAUGUCGUCGCUGGAGCGCCUGGAGAAGAUCGAGCAGUUCCGCUCCGACCUGGAGGACAUCGAUCGCAGCCUGGACAGCGUGAGCCAGCAGCUGCACGAGAUCAACAACCAGAGCGUCGACAGUCUGGCGGCGGCCAAGACCACGUCGCUGGCGUUCGAGUACUUUGAACGGACCAUAGAGCUGCUCGAGAAGCGGAUCGAGAAGUUUACGGAGUCCACGAGCCAACAGCUUUUGAUAAGCAAUCCCGAGAGCGAGCGGUACGUCAAGGACGAACUGCGCAAACUCAACGACAAGUGGCAGGGCUUCAAGGAUCAAGUGAAGCAGAAACGAAAGAGCCUCAACCAGGCAACCGAGUUCUUCGAGGUGGUCGAAAAGAUCGACGCGGAGUACCGUGAGAUUAGCUACUUCUACACCAGCGUCUCCAACAAGGUUCCCUACCUCCGAGAUUCCGUGGAGGCCGGCAACUUGGUGAAUGACAUCGAGAACUAUGUGACCAGCAGGGAGGCUGCCUUGCGUUCCAAGUUGGAUAGUGCCUCGCAAUGUGCCCACGACAUGAACAAGGUCUCGUCCCUGUACAACGAUGUGAUGAACAUCUUCCAGUCCUUCAUCAAGCUGAAGAUGGACAUCAAUGUGGUGCAGGAGCGGCUGAAGCAGGAGCAGCGCCAGAAGGAGCAGAGGGAACGGGAGGCCCGGGAGCAGGCUGAAAGGGAGAAGGCUCUGCGGGAGGCGGAGGCCAAGGAGAGGUUGUUCAGGGAGGAGCAGUCCCGCCUGGAAAACCAGCGCCAGCAGGCGGCCAUCGAGCAGGCUCAAAGGGAACUGGCGGCCAGGGAGUUGGCUCUAAGGGAGCAGGCUGUCCGGGAAGAGGAGUCCAGAUUGCAGGCCAUUCGGGAGCAGGCCACGCGAGAGCAACUGGCCAGGGAACAGGCUGCCAGGGAGGAGGAGUUGCGGAUCCAAUCCCUCAGGGAGAUUGCCCGCCGGGAAGAAGAAGUGCGUCUGCAGAGCAAGAGGGAUGAGGAGAUCCGCAUCCGCAGGGAGGAGGAGGAACGAUUCCGCAGGGAAAACGAGUCCCGUUCGAAGCGAGAAGAGGAGGCCCGCAUCCAGCGGGAGGAAAUCAACAGGCUCCAGACCCUUCGCGAUCAGGUUGACCAACAGCGGCUGGUGACCGAAAACAUCCGCAAGGACAUCCAGGUGAACUCCAUUUUCACGGAACUGCGCUACGCCUCACCGCUUUUUAUUCGUCCUCUGAAAGAUGCAGUUGCUCGCGAAGGAGAUCGAUUGGUCCUCGAAUGCGAGGUCACGGGUACUCCAGAGCCCUCUGUCGAGUGGUUCAAGGAUGGCAUUAGUAUCCAGAAUAACUCCGAUUAUAAAACCACCUUCGACAAGGGAAUCUGCAGGCUGGUGAUCGAGGAAACCUUUGCCGCCGACUCAGCCCGUUUCAGUUGCCGUGCCUCGAAUCUGGUGGGAACUUGCGAUACCAAUGCCACUUUAGCCGUCCGGGAAAAUGCCGCCGAAGUUCAGUUGGUACCACCCAGGAUCCUAAGGUUCCUGGAGAGCGGCAAGGCCACCGAGGGCAGUUCCUUCCAGUUCGCUUGUGUGGUGGCUGGAGUUCCUUUGCCCACGGUUCAGUGGUUCAAGAACGACAAGUGCAUCGAUGAUUCGCCGGAUUAUGUAAUCAGCUACAAUAAUGGCGAAGCUACUUUGAAGUUCGAGGAGGUCUUCUUGGAGGAUGAUGCGGUUUACACUUGCAGCGCCUCGAAUCCCGCGGGAAUUGAACACUGUUCCGCUUCUCUCAUUGUGGAACCUUUGGAACCGACUGAAUUGCCCAGCUUCAAGGUUCCCCUCUCGAAUGCCAUGGCUCGAGUGGGUCAGAAGAUCAAACUGGAGGCCAUUGUGAGUGGAAUUCCUAGGCCAGAAGUCUAUUGGCUGCACAACGGCAAACCCUUCCAGCCCCGCGAUUCCAAGUACGAAUACGGCCGCGUAACGCUGAUAAUCCCGCAGGCUUAUCCCAACGACGCCGGAUCCUACGUCCUGAGCGCCAAGAACCUAGCUGGCGAGGCCUAUACCAGUUGCAACGUGAUAGUGAAGGGUCGCCUGCCCAACGAGACCUCCGAUUCCGAGAUGGCCAGCGACAUAGAGCCCAUCAAGCCAGCCGUCCACCUGCCCCUCAAGGAUGUCUCCAUUUUCGAGGGCAAGCCCGUGAGGCUGGACUGCGUUAUUGUGGGUCAGCCGGAGCCCGAGGUCAUCUGGUAUCACAACGAGCGACCUGUUAAGGAGUCCGCCGAUGUUCAGUUGCUUUUCCAAGGUGAUAGGUGUUCCCUGAUUAUCCAAGAGGUCUACCAAGAAGACGCAGGUCACUACAAAGUGGUGGCCAUCAAUUCGGCGGGAGAAGCAUCCAGUAGUUGUGAACUCAAGGUCACUCCUUUGAAUCAGGCGGAACCUGCAACUCGGGCUCAGGCGGAGAGGCAAUCCCUGCCCAAGGAUGCUCUGCCCAAGUUCGAAAGACUUCUCUCUGAUGUUUUGGCUGACGAGGGUGAGCAAGUAGUCCUAGAAGUCCAGGCCAGUGGUGACCAACCCCUGACUGCCCAGUGGUUCCUGACCAACAAGGAACUUCAGUUAGACCAAAGGAUCACCACCCAAUCCGACUCGGAACUAGGCCUCUUCAAACUCAUCCUGAACAAUGUGAGUUGCGAUGACAAGGGCGUUUAUACUGUGAAGGUCACCAAUCCAGCGGGAGACGCCAAGUGCUUUUCGCAUCUCAUAGUGAAAUCCGUGAAUGCUCCCGAGAAUCGUAGGAGUAGUCAAUCCUCAGUGGAAAUCUUAGACCGUCAUCAGUGUCCCGAAUUUAAGGAACUAUUUAGCGACAAACAAGGUGAAAUCGAUGAGGUGAUCAAGUUCGAGUGCAUUGUCAAGGGCAAGCCCACACCAAAGGUCCACUGGUUCUUCAACGACCAACCCGUUCAUGGUCACAAUUUCCUGGUCUCUACAAGUGGAGAACGUCAGGUGUUAACCAUCCAAAAGUUAACCCACGAUGCCGUGGGCAAGAUCAGUUGUGUGGCGGAGAAUGAGGCAGGAAAGGCCACCUGUGUGGCCUUCUUGAAUAUCUUGGGAAGUGGUCUGCCCGCCUCUAGUGAUGUUCAAACAGUGAGCCAGGAGCACAAUACUGAAUCUUCGAGGGUGACGAUCAAAAAGCAAACCUUUACCACCACCUCCACUUCGCAGGUUAAUUCCUAUGAGGGAAAUACCCCGCAAACCGAGGUGCAUCACUCCUCCGCCCACAUUGACCAAUCCCUCAAGCAACUUGGCCAGCAAAGACCCGAGAUCGUGGAGAGUCACCACUACGAAGAGCUGCACAAGAGCAAGGAGAUGAGCAGUCCCAGUGUGCAGCAGAAGUCCUUCAGCUUUAUCCAAUCCAGUGCACCCAAUGGACAAUCCACCGUGGCCAUACCAGACUCACCCACGCGCCUCAGGAGGGAAAUCGCUCCGAGGUUCACCACUCCCCUCAGCGGAAAGAUUGUGGACCAGGGUGCCGAUGUCAGCAUGGAGGCCAUUUACGAUGGCUUUCCCUCGCCCGAGAUCAAGGUGGAGAAGAACGGAGGUCAACUGUUCGAGGAUGCCCACACCAAGAUCUCCAACAAGUGCAAUCGCGUGACCAUCGAACUCAAACAGGUGGGCGUGGCCGAUGCGGGACGAUAUGCGGUGACUGCCUCCAAUACAGUGGGUCAGUCCACCAGCACAGCGGAUUUGGUUGUUAAAAAGACCAUAUUCCCGCCUGUGUUUGGCCGACGACUGCAGGCUCAGGUCAGCAAGAAGGGCGAGAAGCUGACCAUGGAGGUGGAGGUCACCGGGCUGCCCGAACCCACGGUCACCUGGCUGAAGGACGAUAAACCCUUAAAGGACGCUGGGAUCUCUGAACAUCGCCUGCUGGCCCAAGGAAACUCUUACAGGCUUAUAAUCGAAAAGGCGCAAACUUCGGAUUCCGGAAAGUACAUGGUGCGUGCCACAAAUGCAGGAGGCGAGGCCAAGAGCAUAGCCGACUGUGCCAUCUUGGAACCCUCACCGGAACGCAUGCAGGAGGUGGUCAAGACCAUUGUCUAUGAGACGGGUCCCGUGGCCCCUGUGGUCCCAUCCAGCGAUUUCAAAACCGAAAAUCAGAAUCAAAGUCAGAACGGCGAAAACCAACAGUCGUUCCAGAGCAGUCAGACCGAUGUGACCAGUGCCAAUGAUCUCCACGGUUUGUCCGAGUCGAAAGUGAUCACUGAGCAUCGUUGCACCACCGAGGCAACCAUGCGUCUAGAGCACAAAUCGAACUAUCUGGAUCUGCCGGAGCUGACCUCGCGACCCAAGACACCAACCACAAACGAUACUAUCACCAUCACCUCGAACACUGCCACUGCCAGCAUGGAUCAGCCAGAUCAGAUACAGCCCACCGUCAACACCACCAAAGCCCCACCACCAGUGCCACCCAAACCCUGUACACCAGUGGUGGCCACCACCUUUGGCCAACAGCAGCAACCACCGCAGACGCUGACGAGCACCAGAUACGAGCAGAGCGAGCACAAGUCGAGCACCACCUCAUCCUCGUUUGACUACUUCAAGAAGAUCGAUGAGGAGACCGUCAUCCAGCGUCCAAACCCACUGACUUUCAAGCCCCUGGAGACGGUGGUGAGACAACCGCAGGCGCAAUCCCUGGCGGAGGAACUAAGGACUCUCAACCUGAUACCAGGAGAUGCCCCGGAGUUCUGUUACUCGCCGAAAAUCGAAAGGAUCGAACCAAAGGUGCCACUAAUCACCGAGAAGAUCAAGAUACUUUCGGAGGUGCAACCCAAGGAGCCUCCACCACAGGGUGGUGUACCAGUCUUCCCGCCACCUCUGGGCCUCCAGACGGUGCAGCACGAAACCACAACGACCAAGGAGGUGAAGGUGGAGUAUGGACAACCAAUUGUGCGACCUGCAGCAGUGCUGGCCACGCCUGCCCAGCAGAAUCCUCGCUCACCCUCACCCAAACCCUCUGCCGAAGGAGUGGCCAUGUCGAGGCUAUGGACACCCACUGGGGUGACUGGUUACACCAGCGAUGUAGAGCAGAAGUCAGAGAAAACAGUGAUCUCCAAGCUGGCCACACCAACGCCAACGAAAGAGCUAAAUGCACCCUUCCUGGUGAAUCAGAUAGUGAAGAGCAUACCCGCUACAACAGCUCCAGCAACUCACCUUGUGAAUGUGGAACUGGAACCAGGGACACCACCAGAGAUUUGCUUUGCUCCCAAGGUGGAGGAGACACGUCGUCGUUCCUUGGUGGAGAGCAUGGAACAGAAGUUGGAACAGAACCUGAUCCAGGGACCCAGUAAAGUCCUGCCCCACUCGGUGCCCACCCUGACUCCAGCCACUGUACCAUCGGCUCAGCCCAAGCCCUUGGGUGGUUCCACCUUUAGACCACCGCCUCCUGUUAUACCCACCCGAUUGGGAGUCUACGAAAGCGAUUACGAGAGUGAUCGGUACAAGUACAGUGGCAGUGAAUCGGAUGUGGAGCCCGGAAACCGCAUUCAACCCCAACAGACCUCCAUGGAGACUUCCUUUAAGUCCAGUGGAUAUACGGCUGAUACAGAGGAGCAUUCGAGCUAUCGCAAGUCGGAGUCAAGUUAUUACGAAACCAAGUCAUCAUCCUCGUUGGGAAAUGCAUUGCCCAAGUUGCAGCCCGAACCACCGGCACCUAUUUACUUUACCCCGAAGCCACAACCACAGGUGCAACCCCAGGUGGUGCCACCAUCUCAAUCGAAUUUUAGCAGCCAGGAGGCGAAGGACUACAAGUACACCUCUUCGAGUAUGACCAGUAACUACUCCCACAACAUGCAGAGCAGCAGCAGCUCCUCCCAUAAGGAAACCAAGUUCUCCUCGACGGCAGUAGCACCACCACCCCAGGUGGUAACCUAUCCCAGUCCCAUUCCUGCCCAAAGGAAGACCCCGGCGGCGGAGUUUAGUGACUACAGCAGUGAGAUUGACGAACGCUUCCGUUCCGUGUCUCGGGCUAAUGAAUCCGAUGCCGAGAUCAAGGGCUAUCGAGUGGUCUUCCCACCUACACCCACUCCGCGCACAAACCUAGCCACCAAUGGCCACAAGUCCCCGGUGGUGGUGAUUACUCCCUCGCCCAUGGAAUUUGAGCCUUCUCCCCAGGAGUAUGCCAGGCCCAAGUUCGAACCGAUUGGCAAGGAGAUACGCCAUGAGAUCAAGACGGAGAGCAGCUCCAAGCAGUCCAAGUUCACGCAGAACCAGCAUCAAAGUCAGCCUGUUUUCAAGCCCAAACCAGUAGCGGCCAAGUUCAUAGCGGCAACCCAACAGCAGCAGCAACCACAGGCCACCGCCCGUCCGACCAUGUACUACAAUGCUGUUGCUGGAGCUCCGAUGCACCUGGCCAAGGUGGCCACCGAGACCAAGAACGUGAUGCAGAUGCACGAGUCCACGGAGAGUUCGCAGCGUGUGGUGAACAUGCAGCAGACCAAGAGGAUAAUCCACUUUGAUAGUCCGCAGGAGCAGAGGGAUCAGCAGAUCGUGCAGGAACACUUCCCCUACAGUCCCGCCACAAGUCGUACUCCCUCGAGGCAGUCCCAUCUGCCACCUCCAGCCACGCCCACUAAGUUUGUGCCUGGGGAAUUCCGGGAGAGUGAUUACGAGAGUGAGAUUGAGGGAGCACGCAUCCAACCUCUGUGGUCACCCUAUGGCGAUGGUUUGACCAAGGGCUUCAGGCGAGUGGCCCCGCCCCAAGGAGGCAGUCGAUCCUGUAGCCUGCCAAGAACCUACGAGAGGGUCCUAUCACCCAUGGAAUUCGAUCGGGGUCCCGAGAUGCCCAGCAAAAUCCACGUGGAUAUCAAUACCCUGAAGAAGGAGCAGCGCGGAGGAAGUACAGUGACCACCCAGCAUCGCACUCAAUCCCUGAACAGGAACUCCACCAUGAGGCAACAGCAGCAACAGCAACAGCAACAGCAGCAGCAGUCCAUGGAUCAGAUUGAUAGGGCCGGAACUCUGCCCCGAUAUGGUUACAGUUCCCUCCAGCAGCAGGCCGAGAAUCAGGGCCGACGAAUGGGCUCCACCUUCCUCCAGAAGUCCCAUCAGUUCGUCGAUGAAGUAAGCAGGGAUGUAAGGAGCUCGGCAUCGAAUGGAAUAGGCAUCCGACCGGGUUUCAAGAGGGCUCCCAGCGAGGGCAGCAGCCAGCAACCUCAGGCCUUCCGGGAUGAAUCGCGCGUCUCCCAAUAUGAUCAAGGCACCCAAACGGAUAGCCUGCUAAUAACCGAAGAGGAACCGGCGCCGGAGGCCUCGGAACAGCCCCUGGAAAAUAGCUCCAAUAAAACGCCUUUGCGCAAAUCAGCCUCGUUCUCCUCCACAUCGACCAGUUCGCCGGCCAGCUCCUCCAUGGGCUCGGCCACAUCGACCAUGUCGCUGCGCUCCUCGACGCCUCUGAGGAGCAACAAUCAUCAUUCCCAGUCGAGUCGGGCUCUGCGGAGCGACACCAUCAACACGUUCCAGAAGUGGGAGACCACCAUCGAGUCCAUCAGCUACGUCAGCACCAAGACCGUGUCUAUUUCGGAUUUUAGCCAGGAGCCGCAGCUACGCGAGCAAACAGUGCAACAACAUCAUGGUGGCAGCAUCGGAGGCGCCUACGUGCCCCCCUCGCUGACACACGUGUAUGCCCAGGGCGACAUCUCGCCGCCAGUCUUCGAGCAGAUCUUCAAGAACGCUCGCUUCGCCCAGGGCGGCAACGCCCUCUUCGAGGGUCGCCUGCGUGGCAACCCGAAGCCAUUCGUGACCUGGACCCGGAAAGGCGCACCCCUUCUCGAGUCGCAGAAGUUCCGGAUGAGCUACAACGAGGCCACCGGCGACGUGUCCCUGCUGAUCAACCAGAUCGGACCCGGGGACGAGGGCGAGUACACGUGCACGGCCAGGAACCAGUACGGCGAGGCCAUCUGCAGCGUCUACAUCCAGCCGGAGGGAGCUCCGAUGCCGGCCCUGCAGCCCAUCCAGAAUCUGGAGAAGAACAUCUACUCGAAUGGCUAUUCGUACACCUCCAUCGAGGAGGAGUUCCGUGUGGACACCUUCGAGUACCGAUUGCUGCGUGAGGUCUCCUUCCGCGAGGCCAUCACCCGGCGAUCUGGCUACGAGCAGGACUCCCAGCUCUCCCAGGAGCUGGACCGCAACCAGGGUCCUGCCCAGGCGCCGCAGAUCUCGCAGAAGCCGCGCAGCUCCAAGCUGAUCGAGGGAUCCGAUGCCGUGUUCACCGCACGCGUGGGUUCCAACCCGAAGCCAAGGCUGACCUGGUUCCACAAUGGCCAGCGUCUGGUGGCCUCGCAGAAGUACGAGAUCUCCUACUCGAGUGGCGUGGCCACGCUCCGUGUGAAGAACGCCACGGCUCGCGAUGGCGGUCACUACACCCUGCUUGCCGAGAAUCUGCAGGGCUGUGUGGUUUCAUCCGCCGUGUUGGCCGUGGAACCCGCCGCGGAGACCGCCUACGAACCGAAGCCCGUGGAUGUGAUGGCCGAGCAACUGGAGGCCGGCAAGGCAUUGCCCCCGUCCUUUGUGAAGGCUUUCGGAGAUCGCGAGGUCACCGAGGGUCGCAUGACCAGGUUUGAUUGCCGCGUGACCGGCAAUCCCUACCCCGAGGUCUUCUGGCUGAUCAACGGCCGCCAAGUGCGCGACGAUGCCUCGCACAAGAUUCUGGUCAACGAAUCCGGCAGCCACUCACUGAUGAUCACCAACGUGACCCGCUUGGAUGCCGGAGCUGUCCAGUGUCUGGCCCGCAACAAGGCCGGUGAGGUGGCCAUCGAGGCGCAGUUGAAUGUGCUGGAGAAGGAGCAGGUUGUCGCACCACAAUUUGUUCAACGCUUCAGCACCAUGACUGUGCGCGAGGGUGAGCCGAUCACCAUGAGUGCCAAUGCCAUUGGAACUCCCCAGCCGCGGAUCACCUGGCAGAAGGACGGCGUCCAGAUCUCGUCCACCGCCGAGCGCUUCGUGGGCAUCGACGGUGGGGCCACCUGCCUGGAGAUUCCGCGCGUCAGUGCCAGCGACGCCGGAUGGUACCAGUGCACCGCCCAGAACAUCGCUGGAUCCACGGCCAAUAGGGCCAGGCUGUAUGUCGAGGUUCCCAGGGAACAACCAAGUUACGAGCAGCGUCGUCUCAAUCUCCCGAGACCAACGAAAGUCAUCGAGCCAGAACCCAUUCCUGGCCCCGAAAUCAUCUACCUGCGCCAUGUGGAGCGCGCCAAGCCCCAUCUGCGUCCUGGUGAGGAGGAUCGCGUCUAUCCGCCGCCCCAGUUCAUCAUCCCGCUGCAGAAUGUGCAGCAGACCGAAGGUGGCCGCGUCCACAUGGAGGCUCGCAUCGAACCUGUUGGCGAUCCCACCAUGGUCGUCGAGUGGUACCUCAAUGGACGUCCGCUGGCAGCCAGUGCCCGCGCCACAUCCGUCUUCAAGUUCGGAUUCAUUGCCCUGGAUCUUCUGAGCAUCAUGGGCCACGACUCCGGGGAGUACAUGUGCCGCGUGAGCAACGCCAGUGGGGUGGCCGAGUCCCGGGCUAUUCUGUCCGUGGUGCAGCGCCCCUCCAUCGAGCAGUCGUCGCAGAACCCUAACAGUCUGCAGUACAUCAACCAGCUGGAGGACUACUCCCGCUACCAGCGCACGGAGAGCGUCGAUGAGCAGCUAAACCAGGCGCCGCAGUUCAUCCGCCAACUCCGCGAUCUCGGCGAGUUCGAGGAGGGCAAGAACGUGCACUUCGAGGCCCAGGUGACCCCGGUAAACGAUCCUUCCAUGCGGGUGGAGUGGUACAAGGACGGGCUGCCCAUCACGGCCAGCUCCCGCAUCACCGCCAUCUUCAACUUCGGUUACGUCUCCCUGAACAUCUUGCACCUGAGAGCCGAAGACGCAGGCACCUACACGGUGCGGGCGGUGAAUCGCAUUGGAGAGGCCAUCAGUCAAUCCUCGAUUCGUGUCCACUCACGUUCCCAGGUCACUGCUGAUCUGGGUAUUCCGGAGCAGCAGCGUUACAUCGAGAAGGUGGAGGAACUGGAGGACUACCGCAAGUCCCAGCAGCGUCGCCAUGUCCAGGAGGCCGCAGAGGCAAUUGCCCCACCGCAGUUCAAGACUCCCAUCCAGAACCAGUUGGAUCUGCGCGAACACGCGCAUGCGCACUUUGAGGCGCGACUCGAACCCAUCGGGGACUCGACCAUGCGCGUGGAGUGGCUGAAGGAUGGUCAGCCCCUGGAGGCCAGUUCCAGGAUCACCACGUACCACAACUUUGGCUAUGUGGCUCUGACCAUCAAGCAGCUGACCAUCUACGAUGCCGGCACCUACACCUGCCGUGCCUACAAUGCCAUGGGUCAGGACACCACCGUGGCCCAGCUGACGGUGAUCUCCAAGAACGAAAUUGUCUCGGAGACACAGCACCCGGGUGGUCUGCAGAAGAUCCAGCAUCUGGAGGACUCAUCGCGCUACGGACGUCGCGAGGAGGAGGAGACCUACGUCACCACGGCUCCCCGUUUCCUCGGUCCCCUGAAGGGCACCACCAAGAUCCUCGAGGGCCAGCGGGCUCACUUCGAGGCCCGUGUUGAGCCCCAAAGCGACUUGGGUCUGGUGAUCGAGUGGUACCAUAACGGUCGCUCCAUCACCGCCGCCAAUCGCAUCCAGACCUACUACGACUUCGGCUACGUCGCCCUGGACAUUUCCCAGGUGCGCGCCGAAGAUGCUGGCGUCUACCUCGUGGUGGCCAGGAACAAGCUAGGUGAAGCUCAGCAGCAAGCAACGAUGAUAGUGGAAACUCGUUCCAGUAUCGACACAUCUAGCAUGCACCGCGGCCUGUACGAGAAGACCCAGAACUUGGAGAACAAGCCUUUCGUGGAGCCUCAGUACGACAUCGAGGAGAUCUCCAAGUCCAAGCCGGUGUUUGUCACCCCAUUGAGCGAUCCCAAACCCAUCCACGAUGGCAAGAACAUCCAUCUGGAGUGCCGUUUGGAGCCGAUGGGUGAUCCCACCAUGCGCGUCGAGUGGUUCCAUAAUGGUCGCCCCGUUACCGUGGGUUCCCGUUUCCGCACCUACUACGACUUUGGCUUCGUGGCUCUGGACAUCAUCAAGGCCACGGCCGCCGAUUCCGGGGAGUACACCGUGAGGGCCACCAACCACUUGGGAACGGCCCACACCUCAGCCUGCGUGCGUGUGAUCGAUCACACGGAUGUUGUGACUGAGACUCAGAACGAACAAUCGCUGGAGCAGAUCCAACUGCUCGAGGACUCUCGCCGUCGCCAUCACCAGGAGGAGGACAUCACCAUCAUGCAGGCGCCCCAGUUCACCAGGGGUCUGCACAACAUCGAAACCAUCGAGGGCACCAAUGUGCACUUGGAGUGCCGCCUGCAGCCCGUGGGAGAUCCCAGCAUGCGCAUCGAGUGGUUCGUAAAUGGAAAACCUGUGAAGACAGGCCACCGCUUCCGUCCCGCUUACGAAUUCGAUUACGUAGCCUUGGACCUGCUUGGCUGCUACGCCAUCGAUUCGGGUGUCUACACCUGCCAGGCCAGAAACCAACUGGGCGAGGCAGUCACCUCCUGUUCCGUGCGCAUUAUCGCCAAGAACGAUCUGAUCUUGGAGACGCAGAACGAGUCGGGUCUGCAGAAGAUCCAGUACUUGGAGGACUCGACCCGUCAUCGCCGCAGCGAGUUCGUCGACGAGGUGGUCAACAUUCGUCCGCGCUUCCUCACCCAUCCGAAGAGCUUGACCAACACCCGUGAGGGUGGUCACGCCCACUUCGAGUGCAAGAUCGAACCGGUCACCGAUCCCAACCUGAAGGUGGAGUGGUUCAAGAACGGCCGUCCCAUCACUGUAGGUCAUCGCUUCCGUCCCAUCCACGAUUUCGGCUACGUGGCCUUGGACAUUGUCCAUUUGAUUGCCGAGGAUUCGGGUGUCUACACUUGCAGGGCCGUUAACUUGAUCGGCUCCGAUGAAACCCAGGUGGAGCUGCAGUGCCGCAGCGGUGAGCAGAUCGUAACUGUCACCCAGAACGAGGCCGGUUUGGAGCAGAUCCACUACCUGGAAGAUCGCACGAGGUACACCCGUCGGGAGGAGAUCGAUGAGAGCACCAAGCAGGCUCCGGUGUUCACCACCUCCCUAAAGAACGUUGAGAUCAAGGAGAACCAGAGGGCCCACUUUGAGUGCCGCCUGAUUCCCGUAUCGGAUCCUUCGAUGCGUGUUGAGUGGUACCACAACAAUCUGCCACUGAAGUCUGGAUCUCGCUUCACUGAGACCAACAACUUCGGUUUUGUGGCUUUGGAUAUUAUGUCCACUCUGCCUGAGGAUGCCGGUACCUACACCUGCCGUGCGUUCAAUGCCGUCGGUGAAGCAAUUACCUCCGCUGUGGCAGUCGUACACACCAAGAAGUCCAUCUACCUGGAGUCGCAGCAUGAGACCGCUCUGCCACGUUUGCAGCACUUGGAGGAUGGCUCCAAGCGUCAGCGCAUCAGCGUUCAGGAUGAGUUCGUGUCACAGGCGCCUGUAUUCACCAUGCCGGUGAGGGAUGUCCGAGUGGCUGAGAACCAGGCGGUGCACUUCGAGGCUCGUCUGAUUCCAGUGGGAGAUCCCAACUUGAAGGUGGAGUGGCUGCGUAAUGGUCAACCCAUUGAGGCUUCGAACCGCACUACCACCAUGCACGACUUUGGUUACGUGGCUCUCAACAUGAAGUAUGUAAAUCCCGAGGACUCCGGCACCUACACCUGCCGUGCUGUCAACGAGCUGGGGCAGGCUGUCACCUCCGCCUCGCUCAUUGUGCAAUCGAAGACGUCCAUUCAGCUGGAGACCCAGCACGAGGCCGCCAUGCACAAGAUCCACCAGCUGGAGGAUCAUAGCAGGUAUCAGCGCAGGGAGGAGGAGGAGUACACGGUGACCACCGCUCCGGUGUUUGUAACCAAGCUGAUUGGACCCAGCAAUCUGGUUGAGGGUCAGAGCGCACACUACGAGUGCCGCAUUGAACCCUAUCCAGAUCCCAAUCUCAAGGUGGAGUGGUUCCACAACGGAAAGCCCCUGAGCACUGGUCAUCGUUUCCGUACCACGUACGACUUUGGAUUCGCCGCUCUGGACAUCCUGACUGUCUACGCGGAGGAUAGCGGCGAGUACACUUGCCGUGUGACCAACAACCUGGGUGAGGCAGUUAACUCGAUUGCUCUGAACGUGACUUCGCGUUCGUCUAUCAUCCAUGAGACGCAGCACGAGGAGGCUUUGACCAAGAUCCAGCAUCUGGAGGAUACUUCGCGUUUCCAGAGGAAGACCGACGAGGAGCAGUUCCAUGCAGAACGUCCUCAAUUCGGGCGGCCACUGCGUAAUGCCAAGGUCAAUGAGGGAACUCCCGUCCAUCUGGAGGCCACUUUGAUCCCUGUGAAUGAUCCCACCAUGAAGGUGGAAUGGUACUGCAACGGUACACCGAUACAGACGGGCCACCGCUUCAAGACCACCUACGAUUUUGGCUUCGUGGCGCUAGACAUUCUGUAUGCCCAUGCCGAGGACACCGGCACCUACAUGUGCAAGGCCAAGAACGCCAUUGGAGAAGCUGUCACGACUUGUGCUGUAAACGUAACAGCAAACAAGACGCUCGACCUGGACACUUUGGAUGCUCAGCGUUUGGAGAAGAUUCGCCAGCUGGAGAACUAUGCUCCUCCCACUAAACCAGUGGUGGAGGAGAAGGGACAGAAGCCCAUUUUCCUUACCCCGCUGAGCAACCUGGAACACCUGAAGGAGGGCGAACACGCCCACUUGGAGUGCCGAGUGGAACCGAUCAACGAUCCCAACCUUAAGAUCGAAUGGUUCUGCAACGGCAAGCAAUUGCCUACAGGUCAUCGUUACCGCACCACCCAUGACUUUGGCUACGUUGCCUUGGACAUCCUGUACGUCUAUGGCGAGGAUACCGGCACCUACAUCUGCAAGGCCACCAACCAGCUGGGUGAGGCUGUAAAUACCUGCAAUGUGCGCGUUUUGAACCGCCGCAGCAUGAUCCUGGAUACCCAGCAUCCCGAUGCCCUGGAGAAGAUCCAGAAGCUGGAGUCGAAGGUUCCGAACUCCCGUACCGAGGUUGGAGAUACUCCGAUCAGCCCUCCCCAUUUCACCGCCGAGCUUCGCGGCUCGACUGAGAUCUAUGAAGGACAAACCGCUCACUUUGAGGCUCAGGUCGCUCCAGUUCACGAUCCCAACUUGCGCAUCGAGUUCUAUCAUAAUGGUAAGCCUUUGCCUUCGGCUUCUCGCUUCCAUAUCACCUUCGAUUUUGGAUACGUAUCUUUGGACAUCACUCAUGCUGUGGCCGAGGACGCCGGAGAAUAUUCCGUGCGUGCUGUUAACGCUUUGGGUCAGGCUGUGUCGUCGACCAAUCUGCGCGUUAUUCCGCGUGGUACCAUCAUCUCGGAUACCCAGCAUCCUGAGGGUCUGGAGAAGAUCCGCAAGCUGGAAUCGAUGGCGCCACAUCAGCGCCAGGAGCCUGAGACUCCUGGCACUCGCCAGCGCCCGGUGUUCACUCAACCACUUCAGAACAUCGAUAGGAUCAAUGAGCACCAGACGGCUCACUUCGAGGCGCGCUUGAUUCCCGUGGGAGAUCCAAACUUGAAGGUGGAGUGGUACCGCAACGAGAAGAUCAUCGAGGACAGUUCCCGCAUCACCAAGCAGCACGACUUUGGCUUUGUCUCGCUCGAUAUUUCGCACAUCCGCAAGGAAGAUGAGGGCGUAUACAUGUGCCGCGCAGUCAAUCCUUUGGGAGAGGCUGUGACCACCGCUUCUAUGCGUGUCGUGUCCGAGGCCAGCAUCCAGAUGGAUACCCAGCACCCGGACAGCAUCAGCCGCAUCCACCAGUUAGAGAAACCAGUGGCUCCGCGUCCCAGCGAGCCAGAGCGCCUGUUUGAGAAGCCGAUCUUCACUCAACUGCUCACUGGGCCUUCGGAAUUGUGGGAGGGAACUCAUGCCCACUUCGAAGCACGAGUCGUGCCUGUGGGAGAUCCUUCGCUUAAGUUCGAAUGGUUCAUCAACGGUGUGGAGCUCCAGAUGGGCUCUCGUCUGCGCACCACUCACGACUUUGGCUUUGUCACUUUGGACAUUACCGCUGUGGUGCCCGAGGAUGCCGGUGUUUACAUGUGCCGUGCCUAUAACGCUGCUGGUGAGGCUGUGUCCUCCACCGCCAUGAAGGUGAAGACGAAGUCCAACAUCGAUGGUCAGCCUUUGAUCCCGGAGUCCUGGGAGGCUAUUCGUCUCAAGGAGGCUGCUAUGAACCGUGUGCCAGAAAUGUUUGUGGAUUCGACACCACAGCAGGCUCCGGUGUUCACUACCCAUCUGCAGAGCUACGACAAGCUGCAUGAGGGUCAGCACGUCCUUCUGGAAGCCCAGGUGGAGCCUCGUGCGGAUCCCAACCUCCGCAUUGAGUGGUUCAAGAAUGGUAUUUCCCUGACCACUGGCUCCCGCAUCCGCAGCACCUUUGACUUCGGACUGGUCACUCUGUCCAUCAAUGGAUUGCGUUCGGAUGACUCGGCUAUUUACACCUGCAAGGCCACCAACCAGGUCGGUGAAGCUGUUUCGACUUCCUCCCUCAAGAUCGAGGAUCGUCACUGGCUGCACGCCGAGUCCCUACAUCCGGAUUCGCUACCUCGCAUUGGAGAGCUGGAGGCGCCCAAGGAGGGACGUCCCGAGGCUCCAGAGCCGACAUACGAAACUCCCGUGUUCAUCACUCAUUUGAACAACAUCGAGUGCAAAGAGAGCGACAACGUGCGCUUCGAGUGCAAUGUGGAGCCGGCUCGCGAUCCCACCAUGUCUAUCGAGUGGUUCUACAACGGUCAGCCACUACAGGCCGCUGCCAAGUUCAAGUCCAUCUACGACUUUGGAUACUGCGCUUUGGAUUUGACCAACUCCUAUGCUGAGAACAGCGGUGUUUACACCUGCAAGGCCACCAACAGCAAGGGAUCGGCUACCACCUCGGGCACCCUUAAGUGCACCGGUGGCAAGACCAUGUUCCUGGACACCCAGCAUCCACAGGGUGAGGCCGGUCUGGAGGCUGUUCAGGAAACUGAGGAGGAGCUGGCCAAUCGCUAUACCAGCAAGACCGCCAAGCCUGAGACCCAAUAUCCACCACCAGUAUGGACCAAGCCACUGCAGGCCGAAUUCCACCUGUCGGAGGCCCAACCCAUCCAUUUGGAGGCCAACGUGGAGCCCAAGGAGGACCCCAACUUGUUCAUCGAGUGGUACUUCAACGGCAAGAUGCUGCAGCAUGGCUCUCGUUUCAAGAUGACCAGCGAAUUUGGUUUCGUCACCAUGGACAUGAUCGAGGUUUAUGCUCGCGAUCAGGGCAUCUACACCUGCAAAGCGUACAACAAGGCUGGCGAGGCCUUCACCUCGACCACCAUCUUCUGUUCGAGCAAGGAGAACAUCAUCGAUUCUACGCAGCACCCGAAGGGAGCUGAGGGCUUGGAACAGAUCCAGGACCUGGAAGACUCUCUCCGCAAGGACGGCUCCAAGCCAGAGCAACCGGAUCUAGGAAUCCCACCACGCUUCACCACCGAGUUUGUCAACAUCGCAGACAUUGGUGAGGGUGAACUGGCUCACUUUGAAGCCAAUCUCAUUCCCGUUGGCGACCAGAGCAUGGUCAUCGAGUGGUUCUACAACAGCAAGGUUUUGGAAGCCAGCCACCGUGUGCGUACCAUCUACGCAUUCGGCACAGUGGCUCUGGAGGUUCUUGGCACCAAGAUCGAGGACACCGGCACCUACACUUGCCGCGCUACCAACAAGCAUGGAACCGCUGAGAUCAGCUGCAACCUGGAGUGCGUGGACAAACCGAGGGGCCAAAAGCCGCGAUUCACCUCCCACAUCCAGCCGCUGCAGGGCCUGAAGGACGGUCAGUCUGCCCACUUCGAGUGCACUCUGAUCCCUGUCAACGAUCCGGAGCUGAAGGUGGAGUGGUAUCACAACGGCAAGCUGAUGCGUCACUCAAACCGCAUCAAGACCGUGUCCGAUUUCGGAUAUGUAGUCUUGGACAUUUCCUAUCUGCAGGAUCAUGACAGUGGAGAGUACGUAUGCAGGGCGUGGAACAAGUACGGCGAGGACUUUACUCGCACCACCCUCAAUUGCGGAGGACGUGGUGGUGUCUUCUAUGACAGCCUGCAGCCAGAUUCGCUUCAGAGGAUCAGGGAGCUGGAGUGCCCACAAGGACAGCAGGGAGAUACCUCCGCUCCUCUGGUUGCUGAGCCACCCAAGUUCAUCACCCAGAUCGUGGAUGUUACCAAGCUGGUGGAGGGACAGUCGGCUCACUUUGAGGCGCGUUUGACUCCAAUUACAGAUCCCGAUCUGGUGGUGGAAUGGUACUUCAACGGCAAGAAACUGCCGCAUGGGCACCGUUUCCGCACCUUCCACGACUUUGGAAUUGUCAUUCUGGACAUCCUAUACUGCUACGAGGAGAACUCUGGAGUAUACGAGGCCAGGGCUCACAAUAAGUAUGGUGAGGAUGUUACUCGUGCCACGCUUAAGUGCGCCUCUAAGGCCAGCCUCAUUCUGGACUCCCAGCUGCCGCGAGGCAUGGAAGGUGGUUUGGAGAAGAUCGCCAACCUGGAGUACAGCAUGGUGCGCACUCGCGAAGAAACCACAGAAGAGACAAAGGGCAAGGCUCCAGUCUUCACAGUGCCGCUAGAGAACAUCGACAAUCUGCGCGAGGGUGAGAAUGCCCACUUUGAGGCCAGGAUCACCCCGGCCGAUGAUCCCAAGUUGAAGGUCGAGUGGUACUGGAACGGACGUCCAUUGAAGGCCGGAUCUCGUUUCCGUACUUUCUGCGACUUCGGCUUCGUCAUCCUGGAGAUUUCCCCUGUCUAUCCCGAGGACUCCGGCGAGUACUCUUGCCGCGCCAUCAACGAGUAUGGUGAGGCAGUGACCACGGCAUCGAUGAAGAUCCAGGGCAAGCGCAGCAUCAUCAUGGAAUCCCAGCUGCCCAAGGGCAUGGAGGGAACCAUCGAUCGCAUCGCCGAAUUGGAGGGCUUGGGCUCCCGCAGCACCGAAUUUGUGCCGGAUGACGAUACUGGCAAGCCACCAGAGUUUAUCACCUCACCCUUCGACAUGGUUAUUGGUGAAAAUGCUCUGGCCCACUUUGAGUGCCGCCUGCAGCCGAUCAACGACCCGUCGAUGCGUGUGGAUUGGUUCCACAACGGAAAGGCCUUGUGGGCUGGCUCCCGCAUCAAGACCAUUAACGAUUUCGGAUUCGUGAUCCUCGAAAUCGCCGGUUGCUAUCAGCGCGAUUCGGGAUUGUACACUUGCAAGGCUACGAACAAGCAUGGUGAGGCUACAGUCUCUUGCAAGUUGCAGGUCAAGGGUCGCCAGGGCAUCGUCAUGGAGCCACAAUUGCCCUCCAACUUCCGCACCGGCACUGAGAGCCUGCAGAAACUGGAGGAGAGCAUGCACAAGCGUGAGGAGAUUGUGAUCGACGACGAGCAGCCCAACCCACCCAAGUUCACCGAGGACAUAAAGGACAACCUAGAUGUGCCCGAAGGUGGUCCAAUUCACUUUGACUGCCGCGUGGAGCCUGUGGGCGAUCCAACCAUGCGCAUUGAGUGGUUCUACAAUGGUCAUGUCAUGGCUACCGGAUCUAGGGUCCACCAGCUGAAUGACUUCGGCUUCAUCGCCUUGGAUGUUGACUACAUCUAUGCCAGGGACUCGGGAGAGUAUACUUGUCGGGCUACCAACAAGUGGGGCACUGCCACCACCACCGCCAAGGUCACCUGCAAGGGCAAGCACAAUAUUGUCUAUGAAUCGCAACUGCCCGAGGGCAUGACAUCCGAUAAGUUGAAGGAACUGGAGCGCGGACGCAUUCCAGAGGCCCCGAAGGUGGUUGAGGAGGAGUUUGGACCACCGAAGUUCACCACUCAGAUUACUUCUGUGACUGCCGAUGAGGCAGAGGCCGUGCGAUUUGAGUGCCAGGUGGAACCCAAGACGGACCCCAGCCUGCGCGUGGAAUGGUACCGCAAUGGCAAGCCCCUGCCCUCCGGACACCGUUACAGGAACAUCUUCGACAUGGGAUUCGUUUCCCUGGAUAUUCUGUAUGUCUACGGAGAGGACUCUGGAGAGUACGUGUGCCGUGCAAUCAACAAUCAUGGCGAGGAUCGCACCAGGGCCACAGUGUCUUGCAAGAAACUGCCCACCAUCUUGCUGCAGAACCAAGUGCCUCGCGGCAUGAAGCGUUCAGAUGCACUUACUCAAAUGGAGGCCACCAUCAAGAAGUAUACCUCCGAGGUCCAUUUGACCGAGGAUGAUCUCUUCGAUCCCGAUCGCAAGCAGCCUCCUCGUUUUGUUACCCAGAUCAAGGAACAGCUUACCCUGACCGAGAUGGCCGUGACCAAGUUCGAAUGCCAGUUGGCCCCUGUGGGAGAUCCCAACAUGAAGGUCGAGUGGUUCUUCAAUGGCAAGCCUUUGCUGCACAAGAACCGCUUCCAGCCCAUCUAUGAUUUCGGUUAUGUGGCAAUGAACUUUGGCUGGGUUUAUCCCGAAGACAGUGGGGAGUACGUGUGCCGCGCCACCAACUUGUAUGGCAAGGACGAAACUCGUGCCUUCAUCAAGGUUUCUGGCAAGCCCGGCAUUGUCUAUGACUCCCAGCUGCCAGCUCACAUGCAGAGCAUUGACCGCAUCCGUGAAAUGGAAGCCUCAUGGCAAGUGGUGCCCGACGAGGUUGAUCCCGACGCCAAGCCUAGAACCAAGCCGGUCUUUGUGAGCAAACUGGAACCCCAGACUGUGGAGGAGGGUGAUUCAGCUAGAUUCUGCGUCCGUGUCACCGGACACCCACGUCCCAGGGUUAUGUGGCUGAUCAAUGGACACACUGUUGUACAUGGCUCCCGCUACAAGCUGACCAACGAUGGCAUGUUCCAUCUGGACGUCCCGAAGACUCGUCAGUACGAUACUGGAAAGGUAGAGGUGAUUGCUCGCAACUCUGUGGGCGAAUCGAUUGCCAGCACUGAGCUGAAGGUUGUUGCCCGCUCGGAUGAUUAUCGUAAUGUGCUGAAGAACUCGCCACGCCCCUGGUAUGAUUACGAACUAGCUGCCUACCAGAAGGAGCGCCAGGAAAACGAACUGGAGAAGGUAUUCGACGAGCGUAAGCAGGUUCUUUCCGAGCAAAGCUCACAUACCCUGAAGGGAGUGGAGCACCUCAAGCCCAAGCAAUACAAACCACCAACACCUGACUGGCAGCAAAAUGUCAAGGCCAAGAAGAGCGAAGAUUACUACAACAAGCUGCAGACUCUGGAAACUGAGCAGCUUCUAAAGGAGACCAACCUUCGUAGGGACAAUCAUCAGUACGCCAUUCCCGGCGAGAAGGUCGUGAGCAGCUCUCAGGCCAAGGGAAUGGCCCAGUCGUACGAAGAAAAUCUGCAAGAGAAGACCAGUACCACCCAGGUGCAGGCUGCCCCACCCAAGGGCACCGCUGAACCCUCCGAAUCUUCUGUCCAUGGACGCGAGGUUCACAUGAACAAGCAGCAGCAAGUCCAGAAAGAGAUCCAGGGUGACCUCGAGAUUACCCGUAAGAUCACCGCCACCGAAACCACAGAGGUGGAGCACAAGGGCACCAUUCAGGAGCGUGUGGUCCAAGGACCUGUGAAGCCAGCCAAGGCUCCGGUCUUCACCAAGAAGAUCCAACCUUGCCGCGUCUUUGAAAACGAGCAGGCCAAGUUCGAAGUGGAAUUCGAUGGCGAGCCCAAUCCCACGGUUAAAUGGUACCGCGAAAGCUUCCCCAUCCAGAACUCGCCAGAUUUGCAGAUCCACACCUUUAGCGGCAAGUCGAUUCUGAUUAUCCGCCAGGUGUUCGUGGAGGAUUCUGCCGUGUUCUCGUGUGUGGCCGAAAAUCGUGGAGGAACCGCCAAGUGCAGUGCCAAUCUCGUGGUCGAGGAGCGUCGUCGUGCCGGAAAGGGUGGCAUUCAGCCUCCCAGCUUUGUGACCACCAUCCAGAGCACCACCGUGGCCACCGGACAGCUGGCUCGCUUCGAUGCCAAGGUCACGGGAACCCGCCCCCUGGACGUUUACUGGCUGAAGAACGGCAUGAAGAUUCAGCCGAGCAUCAAGUUUAAGAUGCUUGAGGAGGACAGUGUUCAUACCCUGCUCAUCAUUGAACCCUUCGCCGAGGAUUCCGGUCGCUACGAGUGUGUGGCCGUCAAUGCCGCCGGAGAGGCUCGUUGCGAUGGCGAUUGCAUUGUCCAGUCGCCCACCAAGCCGGAGAAGCCAACCACUCCGGGCAGCGAGAAGGCACCGCAUAUUGUGGAGCAGCUGAAGAGCCAGUCCGUGGAGGAGGGCAGCAAAGUGGUCUUCCGCUGCCGAGUGGAUGGCAAGCCCACCCCCACCGCCCGCUGGAUGCGAGGCGAAAACUUCGUAAAGCCAUCGCGCUACUUCCAGAUGAGCCGCCAGGGCGAGUACUACCAGCUGGUCAUCUCGGAGGCCUUCCCCGAGGACGAGGGCACCUACAAGUGCGUGGCCGAGAACAAGCUGGGCAGCAUUCAGACCAGCGCCCAGCUGAAGGUCCGUCCCAUCGAGAACCUGGACGCCCCGCCCACCAUCACCGCCCUCAAGGAUGUCUCCGUUACCGAGGGCAUGCCCGCCCAGUUCAAGACGACUGUGACCGGCAAGGUGAAGGCCACCAGUGUCCAGUGGUUCCGCGAGGGUCAGCUGAUUCCCGAAACCCCAGAUUUCCAGAUGAUCUUCGAUGGCAACAGCGCUGUGCUCCUGAUUGGCACCACCUACGAGGAGGAUUCCGGCAUCUUUACUGUACGCGUAACCUCGUCCACCGGCCAGGUUGAAUCCUCAGCCAAACUGACUGUUAAAAGUAAGGAUUAAACUAAAACUAAGCCAAAACCGAAACCAGAGUUCGAAACCAAGCGAAAACCAAACGUAAGCGAACCGUGUUCAAACAAACAAAACAAACCAACCAACAUCAACAAACCAACUCCAAAGAAUGCUCAAAAAAGAUAAAAGAAAAGAACAAAAACAAAAACAACGACCGUGAAGAACUUUUACUAUUAAUCCCGAGUUACUGACGUAUUACAUACAGUUACUACUACCCCUCAACCUACCUAUAUAUAUGAUCAACUACUAGUCGUAAAAGUUUGAGUGAAGAAUAUUUUAAAGCGAACCUGUCGAAACUACUUUCAACAUGGAUUUUUUUUCUAAACUAUCAAACGAACGAGUUAUUUUUACUAACCAUUGCAAAAUGUCAAACAAAAACAAAAAAAUGAGAUGCAGCUAAAACAUUUAAUUUAAAGAUGUCUAACACGAGAACGUAACCGAAAAGAACCAAAAAAAAAUGAAAGCAAUUUUUAAUUGAAAAAUAAUAAAAAUAAUUACAAGUAUUUUGCAACAUAAA